AGCACACCUAUAUAUAUAUAUAUAUGUAUCAUCCAAAUCCAAUGUUCACAAUUCACAUAUUCAUUAAUAAUCUUGUUCAUGAGAGCUAUAAGACUCCACCUUUCACUGCUCAAUUGGAGACCAUCUCUUUUUUCUCUAACAAAUUCUUAUAACACCAUGUCUCAAUCAGCUUUCAACACACCCAGAUUGAUCCUCAAGAAGGUUUUGGCCAAAUCUCAACAUGAAGGGGAUGGAGCUGUUGUUAGAAGAGGCAUUGGAAGAAGCGACUUGAAGAACCUGGAUCCCUUCUUAAUGUUGGAUCACUUCUCAGUAUCUCCCCCUGGAGGAUUCCCUGAUCAUCCACACAGAGGUUUUGAGACAGUCACAUACAUGCUAGAGGGAGGCAUAACUCACCAAGACUUUGCUGGCCAUAAGGGUACAAUAAGAACUGGUGAUGUUCAGUGGAUGACUGCAGGCAGGGGAAUAAUUCAUUCUGAAAUGCCCGCAGAAGCAAACAACAAGGGCUUGCAGCUGUGGAUCAAUUUAUCAGCCAAGGACAAAAUGAUCGAGCCUAGAUACCAAGAGCUUCCAAGUGAGAACAUACCAAAAGCAGAAAAAGAUGGCGUUGAAGUGAGAGUUGUAGCAGGAGAAGCAAUGGGAGUGCAUUCUCCUGUGUACACACGAACUCCAACCAUGUUCCUUGUUUUCUCCAUGAUGCCAGGAACUGAGUGGCAUCAGAUCAUUCCAGAGUCAUGGAAUUCCUUUGUUUACAUAAUUGAAGGAGAAGGUGUAUUCGGGUGUCCAAAUUCACCUCCAACUGUGGCACACCAUGUCCUUGUUUUGAGCCUAGGAGAUGGCCUUAGCGUGUGGAACAACUCCUCAAAGCCUUUGAGGUUUGUUCUGAUAGGAGGAGAACCAAUCAACGAGCCAGUGGCUCAGUAUGGUCCUUUUGUGAUGAACACACAGUCUGAGAUUGAGAAAACAAUUGAAGACUAUCAGUAUGGCAGGAAUGGUUUUGAGAUGAGGAAGUAUUGGAGAUCUCAAUAGUAUUAUUGAUAGUGAAAUCAAAGUAUGAAAGUUAUGUGUAUGAGAUAAAAUAAGAAGCCUGUUUUCCCUAUCCCUUUCAGUGUCACAGGUGUAGCUAUCAAAGUAGUAGGAGCUGAAAAGAAAUAUUGCUUAUUCUAUCUUUUUCAUUUCAAUGUAUCAAAAGUUUCUAGAAGAUUAAAAUUGCUGCCGGGACAACUAUUGCUUGUGUUGUGGCUGAAGUCAUCAUGGGUCAGCUUAUCUUCAUUUUCACUAGAUUUCUUUCUUUCUUUCUUUCUUCAUAUCUAUCCAUGUUUGGGGUGGUUGAAAAUUGAGAUUAUAAAGAGUGUAUAAAUAAAACUUUCAGAUUAUAAUAUCAUAGUUUUUAGGUUCAUCUCCAAUAUAAAAAAAUAAAAAAGGAUUGUUGA